AUGAGCACCAAGGCGUCUGUUAAUAGACGGGUCCUGGCGAUCCAAGCUAAAAAAAAACGUUACAAGCCAACUAAGCGCAAGGGUGCUAAGUCUACUGGUAGUAAUUCACAGCAAGACAAUACUGAUAAUUCCUCGGGAGCACAUUGCUCAAAGACAUCAUCAGCAACGGCAGCCCGUCAAUCUGAUCAGGAUAGCAAUGGCCCGAGACCAUUUACUGCUGAUAAUGGGAAUAGGUUAGAACCAAGUCACAGCUCAAGCAACGAAACAAUCGAAGAUGACGAUGACGUUUAUAGCAGCGAAGAGGAAGAACAAGAAGAUAGUAGCGAUUAUUGUCACGGUGGUUAUCAUCCAGUUAAAAUAGGCGAUCUUUUUUUAAAUCGUUAUCACGUUACGAGGAAACUUGGCUGGGGACAUUUUUCAACAGUUUGGCUUUGUUGGGAUUUACAAGAUAAGAGAUUUGUCGCGUUGAAAGUUGUCAAGUCUGCGUCACACUUUACCGAAACAGCAUUAGACGAAAUAAAAUUAUUGAAAGAUGUACGCGAUACGGAUCCUAAUGAUCCCAAACGUAACAAAACAGUACAACUGCUUACGGAUUUUAAAAUCAGUGGUAUUAAUGGGUUACAUGUCUGUAUGGUGUUUGAAGUACUGGGACACAAUCUUCUUAAGUUAAUUAUUAAAUCAAAUUACCGUGGGAUACCGCGUAAUAAUGUUAAACGUAUCAUCAGGCAGGUUCUUGAGGGUCUUGAUUAUUUACACAAUAAAUGUAAAAUUAUCCACACUGAUAUUAAACCAGAGAAUGUAUUGAUAUGUGUUGAUGAAACUUAUAUAAGAAAAUUGGCAGUGGUAGCAACGGAAUUGCAUUCUUUGGGUCUAAAAUUGCCAGUAUCGUUGGUAUCAACAGCUCCGAAAAAAUUUCAAGAGCCGACUGUUAAUUCAAAAAUGUCGAAAAAUAAAAAGAAACGAUUGAAGAAAAAGGCCAAACGUCAAAAUGAGUUGUUGAAAAAACAGAUGGAGCAAAUUGAAGAGCUUGAAGAGAGAUCAAAGAACAUUAAUAACACACAGAACGGUGGGAGUGCUGGUGGACAGGGUGAUAAUAACAGUGGAGGAUGUAUCAGCGAAACAAACAGCCCAACAACAGACCAAGAUCAAAAUACCGAGAGUAUUGAUGAUAAUACUGAGAGUAAAGAGUCACCGGAUAUAUCUGACCCGGUAAUCACCUCACCUCAUCGUGGUGUUAAUGGUAUUGUUACAGAUUUAGCGACUGGUGGGAGCUCAGAUAAUAUGGAUAAUACAUUGUCAUCAUCAGCAUCAUCGUCAGAUAAUAAGUCAUCAUUAGGAUUAAUUAAUCAAGAGGCGACUGCUGGCGGCGCUCAGAUUCCUCCUGGUGACAAAAGCUGUGGCGAUGGUCUUUCUUCGUUGAUAACAGCAACAACAACUGAUGCGGCUGCUGAUGUCAAUACUGGUACUAGUACUGGGGGUAACAAUGGUAGUAGUAGUAGUAGUGGUGGUGGUGGUGGUGGUAAUAAUGGUAAUGGUGGUGGUUCGAAUAACAGUCGUGAUAAUUCAACACGCACUGUCAAUUCCGCGGAUAAUAAACAUCCUAAACGUAUGUCCGUAGCUCCAUUAGAUCCGGCUCUUGUUGACUGUGAGGUAGAAGUUAAGAUUGCUGAUCUUGGUAACGCGUGUUGGGUUCAUAAAAAAUUCACAGAAGACAUUCAAACAAGGCAGUACAGGUCCCUGGAAGUUUUAUUGGGUGCUGGGUACAGUACUUCUGCAGACAUUUGGUCUACUGCUUGUAUGGCAUUUGAAUUAGCUACUGGUGAUUAUUUGUUUGAACCUCACAGUGGUGCUGAUUAUUCAAGGGACGAAGAUCACUUGGCGCAUAUUAUUGAAUUACUUGGUGAAAUACCCCGUCGUAUUGCACUGUCUGGAAAAUACUCAAAAGCAUUUUUUAAUAAAAAAGGGGAAUUGAAACACAUAACUGGUCUGAAGCCAUGGGGAUUGUACGAGGUAUUGACUGAAAAGUACGACUGGUCACCCAGCGAAGCACGUGAAUUUGCAGAUUUUCUGAUUCCUAUGCUCGACUUUGAUCCGGAUAAUCGUAAUACUGCCGCUGAAUGCCUCAAGCACCCGUGGCUGCAGAUAAAAUGA